GAAAAGAAUUUGUAACUUGGAAGCAAAGCCAAAUACACCCCUCAAUUAUACGAUACGACAAUCACACACCCACUCAAACAACCAACGGAUUUUUCUUCCACACAUGGCUACCACUCCUCUCUCCGCCCGUCCCACUCGCGCCUCCCUCCUCGGCGUCGCCGACCGAUUCCGUUCUCACCGACGCCCAUUCACGACGGCCAACAAUCACACAGUCUCAAAACUAUUCAAAGCCGAUGGACUGGGGCUCACCUCUUCCUCCUCCUCCUACCGGCGUACUUCAUUACCAAGAUUCGUCGUCCUCGCCGCCGGCGGUGGCUCGACAGCCGACGAAUCGUCGUUCGAGAUGUCUCUAGAUACGGCUUUGAAACUAUUAGGCGUAUCGGAAGGAGCUUCCUUUGAAGAUAUACUCCGAGCUAAGAAUUCAGUUUUGGCUGCUUGUAAAGACGACCAAGAGUCGAUUGCACAGGUGGAGGCUGCAUAUGACAUGUUGCUUAUGCAAAGCUUAUCACAGAGGAGAGCAGGAAAAGUUGUAAAUAGUAGCAUUCGUUAUGCUGAUGUCAAACCUGUAAUAAACACUCCUCAAAUGGGAUCAAUGCCACAAUGGGUACAAGGUGCCAUGAAAAAUCCACUUGUUUCAGUAGAAACACCAUCUCCUCGUGAUUUGGGCAUUGAAGCAGGAGUCUAUGGAGCAUUAGCUGUGUUGACUUAUGUAAAUGGUGCAAAUGCUCCAGUGGGUUCUCUUUCAGGUGCUGAUGUUCCAGGCCUUAUUUUGGCAACCAGUUUUGGAGCUUCUCUAUACUUCAUGACCAAAAGAAAUGUUAAACUAGGAAAAGCCACAGUGAUAACUAUAGGGGGGUUGGUGGCUGGUGCUGUGGUGGGGUCUGUAGUUGAAAACUGGUUGCAAGUAGAUAUUGUCCCAUUUUUAGGCAUACAUUCUCCUGCAACUGUGAACUUUAAUCAGUCAAUGGUUUUCCUUUCUUUACCAUGGAUUUCUAUUGUUUCUUCUUCAACAUGA